GUAUCAUUAAUAAAGGAAAAUCGACAAGUGAGCAUGCAAUGAAAUGCAUUGAUUUGAAUUCAACAGCUGAAAGGUAAAGAAGAACAGAAAAUUGAGGAUAAAGUUCGAGAAGCCGAAAGGGAAACGAAGCAAUUAGAAAUGAAAGGGAACGACGAUUCAAUGAUUGUUUGUUCGUAGAAACCGAUUCUCUCGGUCGAGUUUAGCGAAGAAAAUUGAAAGCAAAUGAAGUGUUCAGAUCAGUUUCAAGUUAACUCAAGGCGCAUUUCAUUGUUAGGUCACUUUUCAAAAGUAAAGUCAUCCAAAUAAAUAUUUUCCAAUGUUUAUC